CCCCUGGUAGCUAGGGACCGGUAUGGGGCCGACGUCGGCGGUUUUGUCGGCUCUGUAGAAGAGAGUUGAGGAGGCGUUGUGCCGGGGCUGAGGUAGGAAGGAGCCCACCCCUCGACGCGAGCCCCUGAACCGUGAUGCGAGCGUGGGUCCUACUCUCCGCGGUGCUCUGGUGCCUCAUUGGAGUUGGAUGGCAGCGGUCUUCCUUACUCACUAAGAAAGGCUUCGUUUAUGGCGAGGCAGGACACCCAGUGAAAAUAUAUGUAAAAUUACAUCAAAAUAGCCCAGUCCUUGUCUGUAUGGAUUUUGAACGUGCUGGUAAAGAAACAGUGGACCCCACCUACACAUGGAUUGGGCCUGAUGAAAAGUUGUUAACGGAAAGUAAUCAAAUAAAUAUAACUAAAACAGGAAUGCUGGUGGUGAAAGACUUUCUGGAGUCUAUGUCUGGAGUUUACACAUGUACACUUUCUUAUAAGACUGUCAAAGCAGAAACCCAAGAAGAACAUAUGAUAAAGAAGACAUAUGACUUUAUGAUCUUUGCCUAUCGGGAACCUGAUUAUUCAUAUCAGAUGGCUGUACGUUUUACCACAAAGUCUUGCAUAGGAAGAUAUAAUGACCUGCUCUUUACAGUGCUGAAGAAAAUCUUGGAUAAUUUAAUCUCUGAUUUGUCAUGCCAUAUCAUAGAACCAUCAUAUAGAUGCCAUUCUGUUGAAACUCCAGAACAUAAGCUCAUACAUGAACUAUUUAUAGCCUUCCAAGUUAAUCCUUUUGCUGCAGGGUGGACAGAUGCAUGCAGCGAUUCUGUUGACUGUGAAGAUAUCACUAAUCGUAAUAUCCUCCAGGCAAGAGAUCGGAUAGAAGAAUUCUUUCAGAACCAAGCACAUAUUUUGUACCAUAAUUUUAAUAAAACUCUACCAGCUAUGCAUUUUGUGGACCACAGUCUUCAAGUAGUACGUAUGGAUAGCUGUCGAUCAGGAUUUGGAAAAAACAUAGGUCUACACAGUAAUUGUGCUAGCUGUUGCGUGGUUUGUAGUCCUGGGACUUUUAGUCCUGAUGUUGAUGUUACUUGUCAGAGCUGCAUUUCCGUCCAUAUCUACGGAGCUAAAUCUUGCCCAUAAACUUCAAACGAAAAUCAGCAAUAUGAGGACUAGAGGUGAAAGCACUAUUACUUGCUUGUGGAGGUGGGAGACAUAAAGUGAUUUGUUCACAUUCCAGAAUAUGCUAGAUAGUUCUAUUAAGUAAGAUCAGUAAGUUCAAAACAUUGGAAAACAUAGAUAUUAGAAACUUAUAAAAAAGUAGACAUGGCAUUUCUAAGAACACAUUUAAUUCAAUAUCAUCAGUGUACAAAGUAAGUUUAAGUAUUAGUGGGUGAUUUUUAAUGAAAUGUGUUUUCUUGUUUACAAGUUAAAUCUGUUGCUAUG